GGAAAGGGAGCGUGGAGUUGGAUCCGCUUUGGGGGCGGAGACCGAGUUGCUCAAAAGGCCCGGGACGAAGGAGACCGGGGACUGAGGAGAGAGCUCCCAGCCUCCUCUUUUCCUCUCUUGGACCAGCCGCGCUUGCUUCCUUCCUUUGCCUUUCCUUCCCCUUUUUUUCCUUUCCCUUUCCCCAUGGCUCUCCUGGUCCUUCUGGGGCUUCUCCUGCUGGUGCUUCUGGGGACUUGGCGCUUUUGGAGAUACCGGAGACCAGAUGAACCUCCUCUUGAUAGAGGUCUUAUUCCUUGGCUUGGGCAUGCUCUAGAAUUUGGCAAAGAUGCUGCAAAGUUCCUAUCAGAAAUGAAGAAGAAGCAUGGUGAUAUUUUCACAGUUCAAGCUGCAGGGAAAUUUAUCACCGUCUUAUUAGAUCCCCUCUCGUAUGAUGUGGUGCUCUGGGAAUCUCGCUCCAAGUUGGACUUCAACCCAUACGCACACGUUUUAAUGGACCGAAUGUUUGAUGUCAGACUCCCAGAUUAUGACCUCAAUGAAGAAAAGGCCAUGUUAAGAAUGACUCUGCAAAAACCAAAUAUUUCCUCCCUGACAAAGGCAAUGUCCUUCAACUUGCGAACAGUUCUGCUUUGUGACCCAAGUAUAGCCAGUCGGCAGUGGAAAGAAGAGGAACUCUUUCAACUUUCUUACAGUACAAUGCUCAGAGCUGGAUACCUGACACUCUAUGGCAAUGAAAUGAAGGAUUAUGAAGACAUCUCUAGUCAGACAAAAGACCAGGCUCACUCAUUGGAAGUAUAUAAUGAGUUUUAUAAGCUAGACCGUCUCUUGAUGAAAGCUGCUCGUUCCAGCUUGAAUGCAGGGGAGAAGAAAAAAUUUGAUAGUAUCAAGAAGGAUCUUUGGAAUUUGCUAUCUGUGAAACGGCUGGAUGGCAGAGCAAACCGAAGUGUUUGGCUGGACAGCUAUAAGCAGCAUUUGGUCGACCUGGGAGUGGAUGAAGACAUGCAAACUCGGGCAAUGCUGCUCCAGCUUUGGAGCACUCAGAGUAAUGCGGGACCUGCAGUUUUCUGGCUUCUCUUGUUUCUUUUGAAACACCCUCCAGCUAUGGCAGCAGUCCGAGGUGAAAUGGAAAAAACAUUAUCCAGAAAACAAACAACUGAACAAGUGCUUGAGAUCAGUCAAGAGAAACUGGACAACACGCCCAUUUUUGACAGCGUAUUGAAUGAAACUCUGCGUUUGACAGCAGCUCCUUUUAUCACCAGAGAAGUCCUUCAAGACAUGUGUCUGAGACUGCACGAUUGCAGAGAAUACCACCUGCGAAAAGGAGAUAGGCUUUGCCUCUUUCCAUACAUAAGCCCUCAAAUGGACCCUGAAAUCUAUGAGCAGCCAGAGGUAUUCAAAUAUGACAGGUUCCUCAAUGCCGAUGGAACAGAAAAAACAGACUUCUAUAAAGGAGGAGAAAAGCUGAAGUAUUAUACCAUGCCAUGGGGAGCAGGAGUCAACGUCUGUAUUGGGAAGUUCUUCGCUGUGAAUAGUAUCAAACAGUGCAUUUUUCUCUUCUUAAGAUACUUUGAUUUGGAACUGAAAGAUCCUAAGACAAAGAUCCCAGACUUUGACAAGGAACGAUAUGGCUUUGGGAUGUUGCAGCCAGAAAUUGAUGUCAUAGUUCGAUAUAAACUGAAAGAUCAGUAGUGCAGCUUAUUUCUUCUCCUAACCAAGUUCUUCUGGAACCUUCUUGAUCAGCAAGAAAACGGCUUUUCACUGGUUCUCCGUGAUAAUCCCAAAGGAAGACCUAAGUAAUAACUAUGAAGAGGCCAUUUAAGUUGUUCACUGUGUCACAUGUAAGCUGUUCAUAUACAAAAGCCUCAGCAUUUGGGUUUGGCUAUUUUUACCACACUGCUUCAGCUGAACUUUUGUGGACAUGUAUGGCAAUAUAAGUGGAUAAUUGGAAACAACUCACCCCAUGAUAGCCUUGAAAAUGACCUUCAUGUAACCAACACAAGCAUGAAGUAAACUAGUAAACAUAUCAGGAUGACUAGUAGUUAUUUGUUGCCUUACUAUUUUUCUGCCCAGGAUUCGUCUUCUAGUACCAAGAAGUACCAUAGAGGUCAAUUUUUGAUUAUUCGCAAGGGGGAUGGUAAAUUUAACUUGCAAGCGUUAUAUAAAAGGUGGUUUGUUCUGCAAUUGUUUUGCAAGAUUGUCAGCAACUAUUUUUGUAUCUCUUUUCUGGUUCUUUACCUCCUCACCUUCAGUUUUAUCACUAAGGUUAUAAUCUUUUAAACACUUAGGUUGCAAUUUUAUACCCACUUAUGACUGAAGUCAGUAGAUUUGUUCUGAAGUUGCAUAUUGAUUUUCUCCAAUAGCUUUCCACACUUUUAAAGCCCCGUCUGUCCUUGCUUCUAUUUCUUUCUUUUCCUUUCUUUCUUUCUUUCUUUCUUUCUUUCUUUCUUUCUUUCUUUCUUUCUCUUUCUCUCUUUCUCCCUGUCCCCCCCCCCCACCAAUACACUCAUAGAUAUAAAAUUGAAGUUGACCAAAGAGGGGAAGCAAGAUUUUGCUUGCCACUUCUCUUCUAGUAUCACUUUGUUCAGUCAAAGAUCUGUGGUUUUGCUAUGUGCCUUCAAAUUGACUCCAACUUAUGAUGAUCAUCUAAUAUGGAUUUCAUGGCAAGAUUAUUAAGGGCUCUUCCACACAGCCCUAUAUCCCAGAAUAUCAAGGCAGAAAGUCCCACAUCUGAAUGUGUGCUCAGAUAACCCAGUUCAAAGCAGAUAUUGUGAGAUUUUCUACCUUGAUAUUCUGGGAUAUGGGGCUGUGUGAAAGGGCCCUAGGACAAAGUCUGGCCCUCUCUUCUUCAGUUGAGAAAGAGUGACUUUCCCAAGAUCAAUCAAUGGCUUCCCUGGCUGAACCCUGGAGUUCUAGUCCAAUACUCAAACUACCAUACUACAUUGGAUCUAAGUGGUGACUACCUGUGAGUAAUGUAGGGAUAGAAACAAUAUCUGCUGAGAAAGGGUAUUCUCCAGUUAGAUGUGCUGACAGUUGUAAGUAAGUGCUAUUUUGAAUUUUAGUGAGUGUGUGAAGUCAGGGAUGGUAGAUACAGUUCCAUACUGUUAAUAUCCAUUACAACAGUAUGUCAUAUAAAGAUAGAAACCACAUGUCAGUUUUGGUUUCCCUAGUCUCCUCCUCCUCCUCACCCUCCUCCUCCUCCUCAUCAUCUUCUUCCUCCCUCCGCUUCCUCUUCCUCAACUGCCCCCUCCUUCUUUGUUUUUGCAAGUAAUUCUCCAAAUGUAAUGCACUUCAAAUGUUAUUUUUCCUGAUAUGCACUUUUGUGUUCAUUUUUUAAAAAUUAAAGAACCCAAAAUUCAGAAGAGGCACAAGUCUGAAGGUCAGCUGAGCUUUGUUUCACAAAUGGCAAACAUGUGGGACCAUUUAGGAGGAGGGCCAGAUUGUUUGCCCACAGCCACAAAUGAGAUGACCUUAGAAUCGUGGCCAUGCUCUCUAGCACCAUUGGAGUCCUUCAACCAAGCACACAUUGAACAGGAUCCCAAUUGUGUGCAUCCCUAUGAGGGUGAGAGAUUUUUGACAGGGAAGGAGUGCCCCCCCCCCUCCAAAAUGUUUUGGAUCAAGUCUAGAGAAGACAUUAGGUUAACAGAUGUUCCUGGUUCAAAGGUGCAUGAAAAUAUAAACCAUGGCUUUUGUUUGCUUUCACAAGAUUAAUCACAUUUUAAAAUGGACAGGGCCCUGAUUUCCAUUGAGCUGUAAUUGACAGACUUGUGGGCAUGGGGGAGUAGCCUAUUUUUUUAAAGUCUACAAUUCCUAUUAGGAGCCCCCAGUGGUGCAGUCACUGGGGGCUCCUUUACCUUUACAGUUCCCAUCUGCCUUAAAUGACAUAGCCAAAGGUGCAAUAUUAUCGGACAUGAAGUCCAAAAUCAUGUGGGGGGUUACAGAUGCCUACGUGUGGGCAAGGCAGACAAGCAUAGCAACCCAGGGUGAAAUCCAAUCCUCUUACUGCAGAAGGACUCUAGAACUACAAAAAGCUUUUAAUUCUUUUAUGCAGCUCAUGGCAUAUUAGAAGCAAGGGAACAGAAGGCCAGUCUUUGAUUAUUUUGCCAGUUAAUAGUUAAAUUGAGCAUGAAGUGAUCAGCACACCUGAGUAGAACAUUUGGCAUAAUUGAGCUCUUUUCCUUUGAGAUGUCAUAAUGAGUUAUUUUCCUUUGAGAUGCAAUUUUAUUAAAACCUAUAGCUUCUCACAAAACUGUCAUGCAUCCAUUCAUGAAUACACAUUGGCCUUAGUGUGCUUGAGAUGGAAGAGCCAAGCUUUAUGGUCAGUUACAUAUAGUAUAGUUCUUUUUUUUUUAAGGAAGUGUUACCCAAAAAACCCACCCCUCACCCUGUAGAAUUAAUGAAGUUUGACCUCACUUUAAUUGCCAUGGUUCAAUGCUAUGAAAGACCUUAUAAAACCACAACUCCCAUGGUUCUAUAGCAUUGAACCAUGACAAUUAAAGUGGGGUCAAACUGCAUUAAUUCUACGGGGUAGAUGCCUCUUUUGAUUGCAUUAAAAGAAGUGUAUAUUCUCAGUAGCAAAGUUUUGUGUGUCCCAAAGUUCAAAGAAAGCUAAAAAUAAGGUCUGGUGUGUUAGAACUGGAGUAGAGUGCCAAGGAAGGUCUAUUCAGACCCUUUGUUGCUUGCUUUUAGGCAGGCCAUUUCAGUGAGUUCUUGCUUAAGUUGCAUUUAUGCUGCUAUUGCCUUUUGGGGGGUCCUCUUUAGAGUGUUUUCAAGCAGUAUUUUUGCGGUUUUAUUGACAUUUUUGUUCUUUUUUUAUGAUGAUGUAUUUUUUUGACUGUGUCACCUGAAUAUUUUAUAGAAAGCUCAAAAAUAAAACUGAAAAAUAAGCAAUAAAGAAUUUUAUACUGGA